UUUGGAAAGGUGCUCUGGGAAAAGCCCAUUCACUGCACACCCGAGGAAUCAUUGAAUUGGCAGGAGCUAUAUCGUGUGGCACGGGACGGUCUCCCUUGGCAUAUAUUGGCUACGGAUGCUACUGUGGACUGGGAGGACAUGGCUGGCCUAAAGAUAAAACAGACUGGUGCUGCCACAGGCACGACUGCUGCUAUGACAAGGCAGAGAAGGCAGGCUGCAGCCCCAAGGCACAGCGCUACCAGUGGGCAUGUGAGCAGAACACGGUGCAGUGUGAUAACCUGACAGACCAGUGUGAAAAAAUGGUGUGCCUGUGUGACCAAGAAGCAGCCAAGUGUUGGAGAGCAGCCCCAUACAACCCACACUUCGUCCUCUGGCCAAACUUUUUAUGUGGGCAGACUCAUCCCACCUGCCAUUUCGGAUACGGGGGGCCAGAGUAGUCUUUUAAGGACCUUUCUUAUAACCCUUUGAAUCUGAAGGUGCUGGAAUAAAAUUUUACCAUUUUUACCA